AUGAAUUAUAGUCCUCAUGUGGCACUUGUCUACAAUCGUGCUAUGCUGGAUGUGGUUCAGGAAGCUGUAACUGUCCGAAGACCUGUGGUAGUGUCUGCGGCGGUGCAGUUGUGGGCGGUUAUUCCUCCUGUAGUACUUGCCUCCAGUCGUGCUAUGCUGGAUGUGGAUCGGGAAGCUGUAACUGUCAAAAGACCUGUGGUAGUGUCUGCGGGGGUGCAGCCGUGGGCGGUUUUUCCUCAUGUGGCACUUGCCUACAGUCGUGCUAUGCUGGAUGUGGAUCAGGAAGUUGUAACUGUCAGAAAACUUGUGGAGGUGUCUGCGGUGGUUCAAUUGUCGCUCCUGCCGUCUCGCUGGUACCCGCUCAGGUUUCAUUUGGAGGAUGCAGAAGUCAAUGUGUCCAAGAAUGUGGUGCCUCAUGCGGCUCAUCGUCCGUAUGCCUGGGCUCUUGUCAAUCAUCAUGCGGAGCACGAUGCCAAGUACCAUGCUCCACAUCCGGUUCUGGCUGUGGCUGCUCCAGCGGUUACAGCUCAUGCGGAGGAGGAAUGUGCUGCCGCGUAUAGAAGCCAUGAAUCAAUGACCGUAAUGAGUGCUCAUGUAAGCCAGUUGUUAGUGUACUGCAGAAGCACAUUGAAGUUGAAGGUAAGACAAGGUGGUGAAGUCACAGAACUAACCCUGAUCACCAUCAGCGUAGACGACGAAAUGAAAGCAGUGGGCGAGUAUAGCGAUCCUGCCGAAGGCCUUGUGAUCAAAACCUUAGAACUGUUCCUUCAAAACUUUUUUUAA